UCGAACGAGGCGUUUAAUUGUGGGUGCAAAUUAAUAUUAGAAUUGUACAAGAAGCUGAAGUGAGUGUAUUUAAUAUGUAUCAACGUGUCGCCUUAAUAGGCCUACUGGCUAUAGUGCCUUGGCUGUUGCUCGCCAAUGCAGCGGAAAUACGACAAGAGCAAUUGGAAGAUGACAAGAAUGUAAUCGUUAAAGUGGUUACACCCGAAGAGAUGGAUAAGAUUUUGGCGCAAAAUCCCAAUGCUGUAGAACUGAAAGCUACAAGAGCAGAGAUUCAGGGUCGCUAUCUGCAGCCACAGGGCAGAAGCAUAAUCACCUAUACUUUGGGCGAAAGCAGACAGGAUGGUGAUAGACUCGUCGCGAGCGACUCGAGCACAAACGAUUAUGAUGUGCCCACAACGUUGACUGUAACAAUGCGGUAUCCUAGCGCCGGCGCUGGCCCCGGCGCCGUUGUUACAUUUGUAAAAAUCCAGACAUAUCAAAGCAACAACGAUGGACGCGCUUAUGCCACAAGUGGUGGUAUUGGGCAGCGCACUAUUGUUGUGGCGAUUGAGGCGCAUAGAACCACUUACUUUGACUUCUUCUCUUGGGUUUAUGGCAAAUAAAUUAAUGUAUAUAAUGUAAAUAAACCUGUUAUUAGCAAAUAUAA